UUCAGCAUCCAACCAUCGAUCGUCGAACAUGGAAGAGAACAAACACUAUUUCGAGGGUGUAGAGAAACUGGUGGAAGUGUGGUUUGCCGAUCCACCCCUAAACCCGGAUGAAGCUGAUCUAAGGAAAAUCACCAAAGAGACCUGGGAUGGCCUGUUGCGUGCCGUGAAAUGUGAAAUCAUUAGUUUCACCAAAAAUGACGAAGUCGAUGCCUAUGUCCUCAGUGAGUCCAGUAUGUUCGUGUCGAAACGCCGAUGGAUUUUAAAGACCUGUGGCACAACAACCCCACUGAAUUGUUUGAAACCCGUGAUGAAAUUGGCUGCCGAAAUGGGUUUUGUUGAAAUAACCGAUUUCUUUUAUUCGCGCAAAAAUUUCGCCCGUCCCGAGUUGCAACUUCUGCCGCAUCGUCUGUUCUGUGAGGAGGUGAAAUUUUUGGAUACCAUUUUCGAUGGUGGCCAUACCUAUUGUUUGGGUCAAAUCAACAAGGAUUGUUGGUAUCUCUAUACCCUAAGUCACCCUGAACGCGAACGAGAAGAUAGACCACUCAUCGAAAUACCCAAAAUUGAAAUGAAAGGCCUGUCGGAACCCGAUCAAACAAUUGAAAUCCUUAUGGAAAAACUUGAUCCACGUAUUAUGAAAAUAUUCAGCAAAGAAUUGUGCACAGAUGGUAAGGAUGCCACCGUGAAAAGUAAAAUAAAUGAAAUUCUUCCCGAUAUGGUAAUCGAUGAUUUCCUUUUCGAGCCAUGUGGCUAUUCCAUGAAUGGCAUUAAUAAUCGUGGUGAAUAUAUGACCAUUCACAUAACACCCGAAGAUGAAUUCUCGUAUGUGAGUUUUGAAAGUAAUGUAUCGAUGAAUAAUUACACCGAAUUAAUAGAUCGUGUCAUCCAAACGUUUUUGCCAUCGAAGUUUAUUCUAACCAUAUUCGCUAAUAAAUCUUCCGAGGCCUAUGCCACCAUAAGGGAUUUGGAGCAUAAUAAUUAUGGUCUGCAAUGGCAGAGAUGUGAAAUGCAAUGCUGUAAUUUUCCGUCGUAUAAUUUAUUGUUUGCCACAUAUUCGGCAGCUGCUGCUGCUGUUUGUCGAAAUGGUGAUGAUGGUGGCCAUGGCGAUCAAGUGGAGGCUGGCAAUAAAUGUUAA